UUCCAGUGGUUCAAGCUUAAUCGAAUCCAAGUUGAAAUCAGUCAUCAGUCAGUCGGUCAAGCAACAUAAUCCGGUCUAAUCUGUCCCAUCCCUCGCGCAGAUCGAUCUUUCCAUUUCAUCAUGGCCGAAUGUCAUGAUUGGAGUGAAGACACGUUAUCGGCCUUGUUCGACCAGGCUUUGAAGGCCUACGAGUCGUUGAUGGACUCGUCCGAAGACUUUCGCACGGAUGCCUUUCAGACGCGGGUCAAGACCACGAUUCUCAUGUUGGAAGACGCCACGCGAGCCGUCUCCAUCUUAGAUAUCUUCUCACGCAACGAGCGGGUCCACGAAAUGGCCACGCCCCACUUGCCGCUCAUGCUUUUACCCGCCCUACUCGCUCAGCUCCAGUCCAAAGUGUUUGAUCCGACGACACCCCGGACAGAGACGAUUCGCAUCGCCGAGAUCUAUUACCGAGAUUUCUUGGAGCGCAUCCGCGAUUACGACGUUAUGCCCGAUCUCAAGGUCCCUGAAAUUGCGCAAGAUCCAUCGGAUGAAGAGACGCCGGAGUCUGCACCCGGCAAACCAGACUUGGCCAAGAUGGAACGCGAGCGUGUGGCCAAAAUCCAACGAUUUAAGACCCUCAAAACGUUAGAAGCGCGCAUCAAGGACCUCAGACCUUUAGUUCAGGCGCAAGAAGGCUCCAUAGAUGACGACGUCCUACGCGAGUUCCAUCUCAAAACGCUCACGUCCUUCGCUCUGAACGCAUUGGACGAACUGGCAUCCUUUGACAUGGAAAAGCCUAUCCUUGUACAUAUGGAGAAGGUGAGGCAAGGCCAAGCCCCUGACCCUAAGACCCUAGGCCCGCCGUCACGUCCAUUGAAACCCGUGAUCAUCACUCGCGAUGCCGUGCAAAAAGAAGUCUUCGGAUUGGGUUAUAAGAACGUGCCCAUUUUUAGUAUUGAGGAGUUCUACGAACAACGCGUGCGCGAUGGAUGGUUCCCGGAUCCCAAAGAGGUCAAGAAGCAACAAAACAGUCUUCAAGACAAAACCAAUGCUGAUAUCAAGGCUGAAGAGGAGGAAGAAGAACGCGUCAAAGAGGAAAAAGAAGAACAGGAUGACCCCGAAGAACUGGCGCGGAAGCGUUAUAUGGACGAUUAUAAAGAUGAACACAAACGGGGUGAAGGCAAUCGUUACAACAAAGGCUGACCCUGGCUGAGCUUGAAACUUGAAAUAUACGUUCAUGCCCUUAAACUAGUGCUCGUAGAUAACCACUGAACGAACGGCCAUAUCUGUUUCAGA